AAACGCAAACGAACGGUUUCCUUUCCUUCGAUUUUGUGGAUUAUUGACAAGUCGUCGUCCCUCCGUGCGCGACGUUGCGUGAACUCGGGGGGAAAAAUUGCAUCUCGUUCUACUCGACGAUGGACGACGCGGCGCCGAGUGCGUCGUCCUCGCAAUCCGCGAGGGCGAAGUACAAUGAGAGGCUGAAACGACUCAAAGAUCUGCACGUCAAGAGGAACGAGGCCAGAAUGCAGAACCACAAAGAAGUCGUGGAGGAGGAUAAGAGGAACAAGCUGCCUGCCAAUUGGGAGUCCCGCAAGCGGCAAGCCGAAUGGAUAAUGCAGGACGAGACCGCUAGGAAGGACGCAGAGGCUAAGGGUGAAGAUUACGAGCGGAAAAAAUUGCUGAAUAUCGACGCCACGGAAGCGGAGAGAAUAGCUAGGAAGAAGAGGAGCAAACAGAAUCCCGAUCCAGGUUUCUCGGAUUACGAACAAGCGGCGAUACGUUGUUACAACAGACUGGUGAAAAACAUUAAGCCCAACAUGGAGAUGUACGACGAGGCGAAGGAGAAGCUGGGGCCUGCCUUCUACGGCGAUCCGAAUACGAUAUUGCACGGCUUGCACGAGGACAAAAAGGAAGCGGUAGACAAAAUGGUCACCAAUUUGGAGAAGCAGAUCGCCAAACGGGAGAAAUACAGCAGGCGUAGGAUGCACAACGACGACGCGGACAUCGACUACAUUAACGAGCGCAACGCUAAGUUCAAUCAAAAACUGGAGAGAUUCUACGGCGAGUAUACUCGGGAAACGAAGCUAAACUUGGAGAGGGGUACGGCUAUAUAACGCGGAAACGACAUUGCUGCUAUUAUCACAAGUACAAUACUGUAUUACACGAUGACUUUUUGUGCAAAUAAGAAUCUGGAGGGGAAAGAA